CUCCCACAGUGUACAGAUCCCUGCAAGGCUACACGGCUUCUUCCCUGCAGCUCUGUGGGAUGCUGCUGGACCCUGACUGAGCAACUCAGAGGAUGUUGAGCUGGGUGGUCAAAGUUGUUCCCCAGCCGCCUGAGCCUAAAAAACCUGAAGAACAGAAGGAGGGGAAAACAGGUGCUGCCCCGCCCCCUGCUUCUGCCCCACCCCCUGCAGCGGCCCCACCUCCAGUUAAUGAGAAGAAAGUGAAGUUUCAAGAUGAGGUCAAGAGUGAAACUCCAAAAACUGAAAAACCAAAGCAGGAUCCUCAGACAGCAGCGGAGAACGGCCCGACACCUGGCUCUCAGGCCGGCGUACUGACGUGGAUCAGUGGUGCGUUGCCUCAGCCUGCAGUCUCACCAAAAAUGAGUCAAAAAAGCUCCACCGCCAAGGUGAGGACACUGAAACAACCCCAGGAGGAAGUUACAGCAGCCAGUAAACCUGAAGACGAAAAAGGGAUGAUUGCCUGGAUCUCUCAGGGUUUGGAGAAAGUUGUUCCUCAGCCUGAGCUGAAGAGCAAAGAUCCACCUUUAGCUGAGCAGCCAGCUGAGGUGCAUCAGGCAGCACCUGCUCCAGCUGCAAAGCCUCCGGUUACUGUGGUGGAGGUGAAACCAGAGGGAGAGGACAAAAAUGAAAACAAGCCACCCAGCAUGAUAGACUGGAUCAAACAUGGCAUAGAGAAGGUGGUUCCUCAGCCAGAGAUUCAUGUUCGCUCAAAGACAGAGGGAAACGAGAAGACUGAAGCUCUGGCUAAAGCUGAAGCUCCACCUCCAGCUCCUCCACCUGCACCCAAACCAGCCCCAGAGACAGAGAAGUCCACCAAGGAAGCCGAGCAGCCACCAAACAUGAUGGGCUGGAUCGUCAGUGGGAUCGGUCGCAUGUUGCCUCAGCCUGUACAGAAGCCGGAUGAGGGGAGUGACGAGGUGCAGACCAUCAGUAUCAUACAGAAGAAGACAGACUUGGUGCUGGAGGACAUUGAACAGGAAGAAGUCAAGGAGAUGAAAUUGGAGGUGAAGGAAGUGAAAGAAGAGCCACAGCUGGAGAACAAAGAGGAUCUGAAGCUAUCAAAAAAGGAGACUGAAGAUAAAGACACACAGAUGGAUGAGCUGACUCCACUGAUGGACAGCAUCAAAAAGGAGGCUGGAGAGGCAGUUCUAGCUCACAUGGAGGAAAGGCUGCAGCAGGAGCGCCUGGAGGCAGCCCGUGUGGCCGAGGAGAUGGCCAGGAAGGCAGCAGAAGAGGCAGUCCGCCAGCUCGAGGUGGAGCAUUCAGCUAAGAUUGUCAUAGAAACACUACCAGAAUCCAGUGAACAACUUCCCAACAUCCUGGAAGAAGAAAACGAGGAUGAUCCAGAGUUACAAAACCUGCAGGAGGACAGUGAGGACAGCACAGAGAAUCAGAGUCCUGAGGAAAAUAAAGAGACAGAAGAAAAUAAAAACAAGACCAUUGUUGAGGAAGGAACUAAAUCUGAUCAGGCAGAUCUCAAAAGAUGCCUGGUAGAUGUUUGUCCAGCUCAAGAUGAAACCAAAGCUACAACUCAAGGGGAAAAGGUGGAGCCUGAAGAAACCCCUAAACCCUCAAGUCCACCCACUGAGUCUGAAGCACCCGAAGAAGCCACUCCUUCUUCAACAGAUGUAGAACCAGUCUCCCAACAGCCUGAGCCACUACCUCCACAAGCUCCACCCACUACCACAGAUCAGACCAGCGCAGCAGCAGCAGGAGUAGCAGAAGAAGAAGAAGGUGGAGAGAGCUGCAGUAAAGGUCUGGCUGGAGCUCCGGAGCUGAAGGUGGAGGCCGUGGAUGAGGGGGAAGGAAAAGGUCUGAACAUCCCACAGAUUAUCACGACCCCAGAACCAGAACCCAACAAUCUCACAGCCCCAGAGCUCAGUGCUGCAGGUGACGAGUCUGCAGAAGAGGAUGAUCCCGAGCUGCUGAGGGUCGGUUUAAAGGCCUGGUCCCAUCAGGGAGACUACCUGACUGCAGACGAUGAGACUCGUCCUCUGUCUGCGGCUAGCGUUGGCAGCGUGGUGGUCCAGGACCGCCUCAAUGAGCUCGUCAGGCUGUUCAAAGGUCGGACGGAGCGGCAGAAGGAGAGGCUGGUCGACCCGGAUGAAUCGGAGGAGGAAAGUCCCGCGGCCUCUCCAAGCAAAGCUCCACCUCCCCCUCCUCCACCACCACCCCCAGGAGAGGAGAAGAAGGAUGAAGUGGCACCAGAAGGAGGAGGAGGAGAGGAAGAGGAGAUGAGACUUAAAUUUGAACUUCUGGGAUAUCAGGUCAAAAUUCCUAAACUGCCCACUUUUCCCCCAAUGCCGGACUGGCUCCGAGCCAUCCUAGAGUUCCGCUUCCCCUCCAGCAUUGACCCGUUCACUGACCUGAUCUACGUGAUCUGGCUGUUCUUUGUGGUGGCGGCGUGGAACUGGAAUGUGUGGCUGAUUCCCAUCCGCUGGGCAUUUCCUUACCAAACCCCCGAAAACAUCCACCUGUGGCUGCUGGCUGACUACACCUGCGACCUCAUCUAUAUCACUGACAUCCUCAUCUUCCAGCCCAGACUGCAGUUCGUCCGCGGCGGAGACAUCGUGUGUGACAAGAAAGACAUGAGAGAGCAUUACAUGACCACCGAGAGAUUUAAGAUGGACGUCAUCAGCCUGUUUCCCUUGGAGGUGUUUUACUAUUUCACUGGAGUUAACUCCCUGCUGAGGUUCCCUCGUCUGUUGAAGUACAUGGUUUUCUUUGAGUUCAAUGACAGGAUGGAAUCUGUGAUGAAGAAAGCGUAUAUCUACAGGGUGAUCCGAACCUCUAUGUACCUGCUGUACUCCCUGCACAUCAACGCCUGCCUCUUCUACUGGGGCUCUGACUAUGAAGGACUGGGAUCCACCAAGUGGGUCUACGAUGGAAAAGGCAAUGCCUACAUCCGCUGUUACUACUUUGCUGUGAAGACGCUGAUCACCAUCGGAGGCCUGCCUGACCCCACCACCGUCUUUGAAAUCUGCUUCCAGCUCAUCAAUUAUUUCGUUGGCGUCUUUGCUUUCUCCAUCAUGAUCGGACAGAUGAGGGAUGUAGUCGGAGCGGCAACUGCUGGUGAGAACUACUACCGGGCCAGCAUGGACAGCACCGUUAAGUACAUGACCUCUUACAACAUCCCUCGUGAAGUCCAGAACCGCAUCAAGACCUGGUACGACUACACCUGGAAGAGCCAGGGCAUGCUGGAUGAGCAGGAGCUUCUGGUGCAGCUUCCUGCAAAGAUGAGGCUGGACAUCGCCGUGGACGUCAACUACUCCAUCGUCAGUAAGGUCGCCCUGUUUCAGGGCUGUGACAGGCAGAUGGUGUUUGACAUGUUAACGAGGCUGAAGUCUGUUGUGUACCUGCCCGGAGACUUUGUUUGUAAAAAGGGGGAGAUCGGCAGGGAGAUGUACAUCAUCAAGCAGGGGGAGGUUCAGGUAGUGGGCGGUCCCGACCUGCAGACGGUGUUUGUCACCAUCAGAGCUGGCUCGGUGUUUGGAGAGAUCAGUCUGCUGGCAGGAGGUGGAGGAAACCGGCGCACAGCCAACGUGAAGGCCCACGGGUUCGCCAACCUGUUCAUCCUGGAUAAGAAGGACCUGGCAGAGAUCCUGGUGCAUUACCCCGAGUCCGAAAAGCUGCUCCGCAAGAAGGCCAAGAAGAUGCUGACGAAGGAUAAGAAGCCGGACGAGAAGGAGGCUAGUAAAGGGGCAGUGGCGGUCAUCCCGCCGCGACCGGACACGCCAAAAAUGUUCAAGGCUGCCCUGAAGGUGACGGAGCAGGUGGGCAUCGAGGGAACCUUCGCCAAGCUGAAGAAGUCCUACAGACCGUCUGAUGAAAGAGAGGCACAGGCUCCUCCCCCCAUUUCUCCGGUCCCGCCCCCAUCACCGAUGCACCGGCGGUCUCCGGUACCUCUGAGUCCGGCUCCAGACGAGGAAGAAGAAACGGUGGCAGAGACGGCCGACAGCUCCGUCGUCAUCCGGAUGACGCCGCGGCACAAAGGGGAGGAGCUCCUCACUGUGGAGGUGAAAGCAGGGGAGGAGGAGGAAGAGAGGGAGAAGAAGGAGGAGGAGAAGGAGGAGGAAGAGACAGCAAAGGAGUGAGCUGACAGGAAGCUGCCGUCCUUCACCUGCUCCAAUGAGGAAACGGGACACUUUCAGGUGGAGGACCUGCUUCUUCUUCUGUCAUGGAUUUUAUUGUUACACUAAAUCACAUUUUCAUUUGCUGAUGUCACAUGACAGGAAAGAACGCAAAAUGAAAGAAAUCCUUAAAGGAGAAGAAUGAGGGAAGGAAGCAGUAAAUAAAGCAAGGAGAGAAAGAAGGAAGGAAAGAAAGAAAGGCAUUUCCUUCCUUCCUUCUUUCCUUCUGUUUGUUGUCCUCCUACCUCCUAAUGCAGGUUGUUUUUUCAGUGACCUGGCCAGGGUUUAAUUACUGUCAGGGUGCAGUACCGUCUUUGGUCACACAGGCUGACUGACAUGUACCACCCAUUAGAACCUAGAGGGGCACCUUUUCACGAAGUGUGUGUGUAACAGAAAAAUUAAAGAAACUCAUUUUCCCAGAAUCCCCCUCUUCUGUCCUGCAGCUUCUCAACCCCCAUUGCCUUCACUCAGCUGAUUUUAUCAGCAUGUGUGGGGCCUCUAAAGGGAGCAGCUGAAAGCAGCAGAAGAAGAAGAACAAAGGUGUCUUCUUCAUGUAAAAAAAAGGCCGACAUGCAUGUGUCAUCUGACAGUCGCUGAUUGAUUUUCCACAGACCGCUGCUCAGUAAUGCUGUCUGACACCAGCUGAGCUCUGAGCAUGUCCGAUGAGUUCAGCCAGCAGCUUCCAGGUCAUUCAGGGUCACCUGGGGUCGGGAUGAUGGUUCAGGGUCACCUGAAGUACAGCGUGUACUUUUAUAUUUUGACGUGUUGAAUUCCUGCUUUUCCUGUAAAAUUUGAUUUCAUAACUCUGUGAAAGCUCAUUUCCACCACUGAAAAAAAUAAAAAUCUGCCAUCCAUGAGUGAAAAUGUCAGUUAUUUUCUCAGGCGUCACACUUAGCAAGUCAAAAUUUUGAUUCAUGGAUGGUUAAAAAAAAAUUCAUAUUUAACAAAAUACUGAAGCAAUAAAAAAAGCAAAGAAACUGAAGCACAAGUUGAGCUUUAAUACAGUAAAUGUUCAAAUUCAGCAGCCUGCAGAGAUUUUAAUUGUAGGGUCUAGAGGGCGCUGCUGAGCUGAGUGAUAAAGAGCUGCAGUGUGUGCUUAUAUAGGACAGGAAACACUUCAGGAAGCACAGGAAGCUGUAAUUGUGUUGGCCAAGCUGCAGAAAAGGCGGGAAAGCACUGGACGCUUCCUGACUACUGAGAGUAGAAGAAGAAAUGUGUGCACUGCUGCUUUGGUUCAAAAUGAAGGUUUCAUUGUAUUUCUACUGAAGUGACAUCACUGUAAGAUAUAAACAACUGUGUAAAUAAAAUGAUUUAUGAAGGAG